AACGUGCCGGUUCCUUUCGCUCGCCAACCACAGGCAGUGCCGGGUGUAUCCGUCCCACUCUUCCGCAAACUCCCGCACAACACAAAACUCCGCAAAGAUGGCCCACCGUGAGCGCACCUUCAUCAUGGUCAAGCCCGACGGCGUGCAGCGCGGUCUGGUCGGCGAAAUCAUCCAGCGCUUCGAGAGGCGCGGCUACAAGCUCGUCGCUAUGAAGUUCAUGCAGGCCGACGAGAAGCUGCUCCAGCAGCACUACUCGGACCUGGCUGGCCGCCCUUUCUUCAACGGUCUGGUCAAGUUCAUGCAGAGCGGCCCCGUCGUCCCCAUGGUCUGGGAGGGCACCAACGUCGUCCUGACUGGGCGGGACAUGAUCGGCGCCACCAACCCGCUUGAGUCCAAGCCCGGCACCAUUCGCGGCGACCUGUGCGUUCAGGUGGGCCGCAACAUUGUUCACGGCAGCGACUCCGUCGCCAGCGCCGAGAAGGAGAUUGCGCUCUGGUUCAAGGAGAGCGAACUCGUCUGCUGGACCCCCCAGAUCGAGCCGUGCGUCUACGAAUGAAGUACGGACUCUGUAUUUGCCUAGAACGCACUGUUGACGUAAUAUUUUUCUAUACGCCCCUUUUUUCGGACAGAAAGAAAAUAAAUCGACCAAUCUGAUUUGCCCGGAGUCGGGACGGAA